AUGGGCUCCAAGAACUCCAAAAUCAUCCACCACGAGCUUAUGCAUGCGCUUGGUUAUCAGCACAUGAAUCCUAUAAUCGGUCAGAACUCGGUUAUGGUUAGACAGCCGAAUGUCACUGGAGACAUACACUACCACAAACGCCGAGAAGAAUCCGAUUUUAGUGUUGAUUUUGGCGAUGGUGAUCAAUGCGAAGGAGUUGACUGCGGGGAGCAUGCGAAAUGCAUCGAUCGACUACUCGGAUAUGAGUGCAUUUGUGAAGAAGGUUAUUUCCUCGUUGAUGGCUACUGCCACUUGGAAUACUACACUGAUCUUUGUCAAUAUCCUGGAGUUUGUCCGCCCAAUUCAAAGUGCCACACGUACGACUUGAAGGACGAUUUUGCCUGUAUCUGCGAUGAUGGCUAUUUUGAGACUGAUUAUGGAUGCGAAAAACCGAUCGAAAGGACGUUCAGUAAUGGAGUGACGAAAAGAUACAUCAGCUCUCCAAAGAAGAUGUCGUAUUUUGCCGCGAAGGUUUACUGUAAAAACUUUGGAGAAGAAAUCGCAAGAAUUUCUGGAAAUCUUUACAAGCCUUGGAAUCUCGCCUGCCCAGAAAACUUGGAAGAGAAUAUGUGGCUAACAAACUAUACUCUAGUCGAUUUCGACGAGGUGUUUCUUGGGAUGAGCGCAAAGCCUACCGGUUGGUAUAGAUUCGAUGGCAAGCCUUCUGAGUUCAUGAAGAUGAGGCGGAUCUUUCCAACAACAGAUUACAAAGUAAAAUUGGAUAGAGAAGGCGUCUGGCGAACAUACACCUCUGCUGAAAUCGACGAAAGCUUCGUCAUUUGCGAAGAAUCAACCGAGCAGAAUGUCAUGAUUUUUCAAUCCAGAGAAAUUUUUUAUCUUGAGGAGCUUCCAAAAGUCUGGACGAUGACUUUCGACAUGUAUCUGGACAGACCAAGAGCGCAAGCAUCGGUGGAAAACGGGGCAAAUGUGUUUUAUGUCACAAAUUCGAAGACCUCACAACGAAUAGGCAUUCCUUCAAUUUUUGUCGAAGAUAAAAAGGACUUAAAAUUUUGCUACGGAGAAAAGUGUAUCUUUACUGAAUUGGUUAUUGAAAAGCUGUUUUCGGUAGAGAUGUUCACGGAUGCAAAUGGAUACUUUGGGGUUAUGCUUGACGAUGAGCUGCUUGAAAUAAUACCGGUUGAUUUGCGCGAAACAAAAAAUGUAACCGGAUUCGCAAGUGCUCCCUGGUACCGUCAACAGCACGGAUGGAUAAAUAAUAUGAAGAUCAUCCCGAAAAAAAGUCGUUCAAUUGCUAUUGAUGAAGGCAACUCAGAAUUACAAUCUUACAUGGACAAGUAUUGCGGCAAGUUUUGCCAAAAUAGUUUUGCGCGGCGUGUCAAUUCAAUAUGGUCUUGCUACUCGGAUAUUAAUUCAGAAAGCUUAGGAUUAUACUGCGUCGAUAAGAAUAUGAAGCCAACAAUUUGCGAGAAACCAAGCGGAACAAGAUGUAAUCUGUCGGCAGAGCAAAAUUUGUCCAAACUUCUCAAGCUUAGCUAUGAGAUCAUCAAAAGCUUCGGUGUUUGGUCCGACUGCGAAGGCCAAGAAGGAUCGAUCGGAUACCAAGCUCAAAAUACACGAACUGGGUACUAUGGAAGAUUGUGCAAUGUUCCCAUGGAAGAAAGUACAAGAAAGUGCCUCGGAACUUGGGAAGCGAUGAACGGGCAGACAUGCGAUGGAUUCAAUAGUGCUUUUUGUAACGUAAAUGGAAUGAAUCUUACUACUCUUGGACUCGAUGUUCUUCUUCCACUAGAUAACAAAGAUGACAUGCGAAAACGUAUGGGUCCGCUGAUUAAUGCUCUCAAUUCGCGAUGGCGAUCAAAAGAUGGUGCAACUGGUCUUGUGUGCGAAGAAUGCGGCUGCACGGGGUGGACAGAAUGGAGCGUCUGGUCUACUUGCUAUCCUUCUUGCGGGAUAAGUUCCUCCCAAAAGCGAUCACGACGGUGCUUCGGAGAUGAAGCAUGUGAGGGAGCUAGCGAAGAAACUCAAUACUGCGAUGUUCCUUUAUGUGAUUAUUUCAACACAUUGUGUAAUGAAACUGCUAUGCUUCAUAGGAGUUCCAUGGAGUACUGGGAGAAAUCUGUUAUUUACGGAGACACUUAUGAGUUUGCAUCUGCUCGAACAAUUGAGACCUGCUUUGACAAGUGCCUCAAACAGCAGAAAUGUGUAGCCGCACACUUUGUAACACAAGAAAUUGUUUCUUAA